AUGCCCAAGUUCCUCGCCGCUUUGUAUUUUUUGCUCUACAAUGUGGAUAGAUGGUUCGAAGCAGUGGGAGGAGGGAAGUGGAGGUAUAAUUAUCCUGGGUGGGAGACUACUUGGGUGAGAUAUCUGUGGGAUAGAGAGUGGGGUGGUGAACUGCAGAAUUAUCUCAGGGCGUCCGGAUCUUAUCAGUUCGACGUUAUUCCAGGUGGAUUCGGCCCCGGAGAGGUGACGUAUGGUUAUGACUAUGGUUCUCGCUAUGGUUACUGGUACGGUGAGAGCAUGGUAGAUGACCUACAGAAGAUUUUGUACAAACAUAAUGAUAAGUACAAUUAUUUCCGGGACGUAUUUUUUACAACAGUCAUUUCUAAAUCCGGCUUACAGAAAUCGAACACUGCGAACGUUCUUGCAUUGGUGAAAACGUUUUGCCAAAUCGUAAUUGCGGAAAAGAACCCUGAUGGUGGAAGCUUGAAAGCAGCUUUGGAAAAGGAGCUUAAAAGUAGCAAAAAAUGCAUAGAUUGGGAAGAAUUAAAACAGCAUUGCAAAACUCUUGAGCAGCAACUUGGCAAGUUGUUCAAUAUCGAAGGCUUUUCCUUCACCGGCCAGGCGCGGCGUGUUAAGGAGCUUAACACUGAGAAAUUUGCAGAGGAGACAGCAAAAUGGUUUAGACAACAUUUGCACGAAGUUCAACAGAAUGUGAAACAAAUAAAUACAAAUUUCCCAGUCGACGACACUCUAUAUUUGACUGCUCUUCGGCCAUUUGCAACCAAAAACAUAUUCCCCUACGGUUUUAUAUUUGGUAAAGGACGAUAUGGAACGCUGGGAGACGCGUGGAAGAAGUUGUCAGAUCAUUGGGACAGUGUCAUAGGUAUGCUGGGCAAAAAUGGUGAUGGUUUGGACAUGUUGAAAACGCUUUUGGAUGGUGAGGAGUGCCGUACGCCGGCUCCGCCCCCAAAACCGCGCCCCAGGCCGGCGCCUGCGCCCAGGCCCCCGAGGCCUGCAAGACCUGCACCACCAGGGGCUUCCAGAACUUCGGCUGGAAUGACAACCGGUGCAAGGCAUCUUGGGGGUUCGUUGUCUCGUGGGAGUCAUGGUUCUGGUGCUAGAGGAGGAAAUACAAGAGGGAGGGGGAAUAAUAAUAGAGGAGGGGGAUCGGGGGCUCACAGUAGAGGAGGGGGGCAAAACAGUGGAAAGGCACGGGGGACCACAAGAAAUGGAAGACACCACUCAGGGCCUCGAGGUGCUUCAGGAGCCAGGGGCGCACAGAGAAGCAGUGUUCCAGGGCAUACGGUGUCUACUCAGUCUCAACACGCACAAUCUCAAAAUGAUUCCCAGCGUCAUUCCCAACAACCUCCACUUGUUGCCUCCAGUGCUCCUGGAGACCCUGCCAUCCCUAUUCAGCCAGGGGGCCCGGGUCCAAUUUCAACAGACAGUGUUACUCCAGGUACACGGACUACUUCAUCUCCACAAGAUGUUCUUACUCAGACUCCGAGUGUCUCAGGUUCAAACACUGGGUCAGAUGGUGUCCAGGGGACUGGCCAACAUGGUGGUGGAGGAGCCGGGCCACCAGGUGGUGGGCACAGUGUUGGUCAAACACAGACUCCGUCUAAUAAUGUUAAAAAGUGUGAUGGUGUAUCCAUGUCUAUGAAUGGAAAGUCAGUGUGUUAUAGGCAGCCUACGAUUCCUAAGCCAACUAGGCCAUCCACCCUUUACCUUCCGUCCGAUGUUGAGGAGAAGAUUAAAAAAGCGGAUGUAGCGUAUCGCAAAAAGGAGGAAGAGGACAGACGCCAGGCGGAAGAGGCUUGGGAACGCAGGCGUCAGCAGAUGUAUGAUCAAUAUGACAGUGAAAUGCGUCAAAUGCAGCAGGCGCAAUUGUUGUCCGUUGAGGGCUUUAAUGUUAGCGAUGCGAUGGAUGGGAACGCUUUGCCGGACGUCUCCGCCCUUGUAGCGCAGAAACAAAAGGAGGCGGAGGAGAGAUCUAUAAGGCGUAAUAUUCAAUUUCUGCAAACAAUUCAAGAUGAUAUUAACAAUAAUCCUAAUAGUAAUGAUGCCGAUUCGGUGUUCAUGUCAGGCACUCCAAUCUCAGAGCCUGCCGCCCUGGUAGGGAGACCCGUGAAACAGACUCCAAACCACGGCCAGGCGGAAACAGAUGCUCACAAACAGCUACAGCCGAAUUCAAGUAUAGUCGUGGGUGAUAAGGUUUUGCCAACCCGCAAGCGUGCCAAGCCCCUUCUGCCAGUCCCCCCUGUUGGUGUCCCGAUGGGCCACGCAAUAGAGCCGCCGAAAUUGCCGAGAGCUCCAAAAACUCUGUCGGCACCAAAAGAUAUGCUGGACGUCACAGGCCAGCCUAUCACCCACACAGCAUUAGAAGAUCCGUUGCCACCGCCCCCAGCUCUCAAGCCGCCUGAGCCUGUGGAGCAGUAUCCCCUAAGCCUGUCAAAGUUGACACGGAAGACAUGA